AUGAAGCUAGUCAGAUUCCUCAUGAAAUGCGCCAACGAGACGGUCACGAUCGAGCUCAAGAACGGCACCAUCGUGCACGGCACCAUCGCGUCCGUGUCGCCCCAGAUGAACACGGCCCUGCGCAACGUCAAGAUGACCCCGCGCGGCCAGGAGCCCAUCCACCUCGAGACCCUCAACGUCCGCGGCAGCACCAUCCGCUACUUCAUCCUGCCCGACUCGCUGCCCCUCGACACCCUGCUGAUCGACGACGCCCCCAAGCCCAAGAAUAAGGCCCGCAAGGAGGCUGAUCGCGGAACCGGGCGUGGUGGGCGCGGUGGGCGUGGUGGUGGACGUGGGAUGGGGAGGGGGAGGGGGAGAGGCCGUGGGAGGGGUUUCUAA